AUGGCUCGCAUCCCUGUCAUUUUAUGGCCAAACGAAUCGAUGACUGAGUACACACAGAACUUUGAGCGGUGGCUGGAAUCACGCAAGCUUUCGCUGGCGUUACUUCGUGGUAAUCCAGCGGAAGAGCGCUCGUUAUGGCACUCGUUUGCGUGCACAAGGGCGGGGACGUCAGAGUUAGGCGAACCACGCUUGCGUCCUCGAUCUCAAUCUUUAUCACAAAGCAGUCAAAGAAGCUCCGAGAGAAGCCGUUCUCCAUUGAAGAGCUCAAAUCGCGAAUCGAAAGAGCAUUCGUUUCGACGAGAAUAUGCCCGUUCUCCUGAUUACCACGGUGAGUCGAGAUCUGCAGGAAUCCAGCAUCCUUCGUCAAUGAUAAAUCCUCCUGAAAUUCCACGAUUGUACAACAACAAGACUCGCCGGCAGCUGUUAGAGAGGCGAGUUCUAUUGUUAGAAGAUUAUCAGAAGGAGGUGGAUCAAAGUCCUGGGGGGAAAGCAGCUAACGCGAACAAUAGCAGCUUAGAGUCGCUCAUCCCUGUUCCCCUUUAUCCAAGGGAAUCGAUGGGGCACUACGACCACCGUUUCUGGGUCUGGUUGAGGGAAUUUGGCGAAACGAAGGAAUCACUGCGUUCUAACCCAUUGCGGGAACGGAGAUUUCGAUUGACAUUUGCUUCCCUUAGGCUCAACAAGCCGCAAGUUUUGACGACAAAAGAGGACUUUCCUAUUGAAACUCAAACAACUGUAGUUCCGCGAUCAAAUAUUGAGACCCAUACCAAGAUACCUGUCGGCGUUUCAAAGACAGCGCGAGAGCAUGUAGUUAUGAACGGAAAGAUGCCUGCCAACACUGCUAAUCGGCAAGCUCAUGCUAUGCCCAACAAACCUAGCUGCAAGCGCGCUCGAAUGGAUGCGGAAGGUAUGACUCAAGUUCAUGUGACCCCAGAUUUGUCUUCCGGUCACUCCACAGUUUGUCCGGAACAGAAAAGAAAACCAGCACUCUCCUUGGCAUCAUCAAACCCAGCGUUGCCUCAAUCAAGUUCAGUGCUAACAAUGGCGUCUUCAACGAAAGCUUCUUUGACGGCUACAACAGAUAAUACUUCUUCUUCUGCUGGACCUGUAUGUCCGUCAAUCUUUCCGCAGACAGCGCCAGAAAGACAGACAGCUCUUGCUAAGGCGCAAACAGCACGCUCAGCGUCAAUCUUGAAUGAGAGGAAGCAAACAAAAAUGCGUGCAAAACAUCGAAGAAUAGCCCCUGCUCAAAAAACGAAGAUAGCAACAAGCUCGAAUGCAGACGCAUCCUCGACAGAGACUGGAGCAUCUCGUGCUAGGGACAUGGCGACAACUGCAGAACCGGCUUGCCUUGACAAAGGCUUAGCUAUGAACAUUCAAGCGAAGUUUUGGGAUGGGCGGACACCAGAACCAGAACCACUAACGUCAAAAACAGGUCCAGCUGCGCCGCGUUCUUUUCCAUUCCCGUCGGCGUCAUCAAUACCACCAGAAUUCCUAGACGAGCCAUUACCCACAACGGCAGCCGCCUCGAUCCGAGCACCACGGAGUGCAGACGUGUCUCCAGCAACGACUACAAUUACAAAGGAAACACCGAGCGUCAAUGUUGCUGAGAAUGACUCUACAGAUACUGAUGUCGCCGAAUCUGAGCCUGACAUUGCGCGAACAGAGUCCAUGGCACAGGAGGAGUCUGAAGCCGAAUCCGACCCACCAGACGAGUCCGAACAACACGAUGGCGACGUCAUGAACCUUGAAGGCUGCUGCUGUAACAAGUGUAUGCGGAGUUGGGCCAAAAUGCUGGCAAAUCGCAUGGAUCAACUUGAACAGAACGUUCUGGACUUGAAAAGGCAAGUCAUCGGUUAA